CCAACAUCGCACGCCGCAUCUCUCCCGCACUGUGCUCUGCUGCACUCACCACGCAUAGCUUCCUCGCACGCCGCCGCUGCGCCGCCGCAUGGACAUUCCGCGCAGCAGCUACGACGUGCUGCCCGUCAGCUUCCGCCUCGUCGUGCUCGACACGCGCCUUGUUGUGAAGCCGGCGCUCGACGUCAUGUGGCAGGCUGGCGUCGUGUCUGCACCUCUCUGGCACUCACAUCCGCCAGCGCCUGCGGGACCGCCUGCCGGCGCCGCUCCGAGCUCUGCGCCGCAGGACGGCUCCACCCUCGCCAGCAUCGAGGAGGACGAGGCGCGGGUGCCAGGCCCUGCCGGCGUGCUCUCAGCAGCGUCACGCUCCAAGGCGCCGACGCGCCAGGGCUUCGCCGGCAUGCUGACCGUCAGCGACAUCAUCCACCUCAUCCAAUACUACUACCAGCACUCGAGCUACGACGACGCCGCGCGCAACGUCGAGCGCUUCCGGCUGGAGAUGCUGCGCGACAUCGAGCAGGCCCUCCAUGUGCCCACGCCGCCACUCGUGUCCAUCGCGCCGCUGCGGCCGCUCUACGAAGCCUGCCAGCUGCUCAUCCAGACGCACGCGCGUCGCAUGCCGCUGCUGGACCACGACGAACAGACGGGCCUUGAGACGUUGAUCUCGGUCCUGACGCAGUAUCGUGUGCUCAAGUUCAUCGCCAUGAACUGCCGAGAGACAGCAGGCCUGCAUCGCUCGGUGCGCUCGCUCGGCAUCGGCACGUACGUGACGGGCACGCACGGCGUCGGCACGCUGCGCAACGGCCCAUCACAUCGUGGCUCGCGCACAGGAAGCGGUGGCAAUGCGGCCUCGCGCUCACGCGUGGGAAGUGGCAGUGCGCCGGGCAGCGGCAGCGGCAGUGUGCUCGAGGCGCCCGCAGAAGGGCUCGGCGAGGCAGCAGAGGCGCGUGCCGCUGUGCGCGAGGAAGCGGUGGAGGAUGCACCAGCACCAGCACUGCCGACGCCACCUGCAGCUGAAGAGCCGGCACAGCCUACUACACCAGCGACGCCGACGGGCCACCCGUACGAGCCGCUGGCCACGGCGACGCUCGACACGACCGUCUUUGACGUGGUGCACAUGUUCAGCGAGCGCGGCAUCUCGGCGGUGCCGAUCCUCGAUGACGAGGGCUACGUGGUGGACAUGUAUGAGACUGUCGAUGUCAUUGACCUCGUGCGCUCCGGCGCAUACCAGUCGCUCGACACCACCAUCCGGCAGGCCCUGGCGCGGCGUCCAGCCGACUUCCCUGGCGUUAUGACGUGCGGGCCAGAUGACUCGCUGGCGUCCAUCUUCGCACUGCUGCGCUCGCGGCGCGUGCACCGCCUGCUCAUCCUCGAGCCGCCGCCGCGGGAGUCAGGCGUGGCGUCGCCGCCGCCGACGGGCACCGACGAUGCCGGCGAGGCCCUGCCGCCGCCUGUGCGUCCACGCGGGCGCCUCGUCGGCAUCCUCUGCCUCAGCGACAUUCUGCGCUAUGUCGUCGGCGUCGAGCACACGGCGCAGGCGCCACGCGAGCGCACGACGAGCCAGAGCAGCGCAGCCAUGUCCACCUCGGGCGUGGGGCGCCCGCAGACGCCCAGCGCCUCGGAUGCACAGGACGACGUGGGUCGUGCGGCCGAGCUCGCCGAGCAGGCCGACGUGCCGUCGACGAUCCCCGAGGAUUCGGUGCCGCCAGAGGCGCGCGACGGCGCCGAGGCGGCCGACCCGCUCCUCACUCCGCAAGCAGAGGCAGACCGUUCGCUGCGCGCCGACGACGCCGCAACGCUAACGCCACACACCGAGCUCGCCACCGUGACGGAGGGCGAGGCGAAAUGAUCGCCCACGUCCGCAUCGCACCUGCCGCGCCCUAGAUGCCCUUCCACGCUCCUGCCGUGCCAUGAUUCCCGCCCACCCGCUAGACGCCAUCUGCAGCCUCGCGCAAUUGAUCUUACCCUUGCAUCAUCCCU